UCUACGGAAGUCAAGAAAGAGCCUUUCGUCCUGAUCAACCCCAACGGCCGCCUGCCCGCCAUCGAAGACACCAACACUGGAAUCAUUUUGUGGAAAUCAGGCGCGAUCGUCGAAUAUCUCGUCGAAACAUAUGACAAGGACAACAAGAUCAACUUUCAGGCCGGCAAUCCCGAAUACUUCCAUGCCAAACAGUGGAUCCACCCCCAAGUCAGUAAACAGGGCCCAUACUUUGGCCAAGCUCACCCGAAAAAUAUCCCAAGCGCAAAGGAAAGAUACAAGAAUGAGGUUCUCCGGAUGUCAGAAAUAUUGAACAAUGUGCCCAGAGACCGCGAAUACCUGGCUGAUAGGCGGUUUAGCUAUGCAGAUGCCUCAUUUCUGCCAUGUUAUAAUGUAUUUGGACACGUCGCUGAUAAUGAAAUUGAUUUGGAGAAAGAGUUUCCGAAUCUCAACUCGUGGCUGGAAAGGAUGAGGGAGAGGCCCGCCAUGGUGAAGAUUAGCAAGGACAAGGAAAAUGCACUUGCAAACCAACUGCGUUAG